UGGUGGAAGGUGGAAGACGCCCUGGACCCCCCAGCGCCCGGCCCCACGGACCUGCCCCAGCCCCACAGCUCCCCGCAGCUCAAGCAAGAGGCUGAGGACUCCUGCUGGGACCUGGACUUCCUGCUCUGCAACUUCCCCAGCACAGAGGCCGGUGGCCCCGGCCCAGGCGGGGGGUUUGAGGCGGGGCCUGGGCUGUGCCAGCCGGAGGCCUACAAGGGGCAGAGCCCGGGCGGGUACACAUCGGGGGCUGGGCUCCCGGGCCCCACCAGCCUGGUAGCUGAGCUCCUGUCGGGGAACGAGCCCCUGGGAAAGGGGGGAGCGGGCACCUUUGGGGGGCAUCUGCCGGCGUAUCCCUCCAGGCCAGACUGUGAGGCCCAGCCCCCCGGCGGGUACGGGGAGCCCCAGCCCGUGGCCCUGCGGCAUGGCUACCAGCUGACAUACGGAGGCUAUGCCCCACUGGCCCCCGCCCUGCUGGCCCGGGGUGCCCCCUACUGCCAGCUGCCUCAGCCGCCCCCCUACGGCCUGGGGGGCGGCUACCAGGCCUUCUGUCACAGCCAGUACCAAGCCCGGGUCCAGCUGUACCGGGGCAGCCCAGCUCUGCCCUCCCCAGCACCCGUGGGCUACCUCGGCCUCCUGGCACCGCCCGUCCCGCCGCCCGGGGAGCUCCCAGCCAAGCCCAAGAGGAGCCGCAAGGGCUGGGGCCACAAGCGCCCCACCAGCCACACCUGCAGCCACCCCAGCUGCGGCAAGACCUACACUAAGAGCUCCCACCUCAAGGCCCAUCUCCGCACCCACACAG